AUGGAAGAGCAAAGUAGAGGAAAGCUUCUCGAGCCGUGCACUCUCGGCUUAGUGACUUCGCAUUUCACGACUCUUCUCACUUACGAAGGGGACUUUGAUCCUCUGCUUGGGAGCGGCGUCAAACCACUGAUCGGUAUGCGCUUCACAUUCACCAUUGCAGCGUUGCUGUACAUGGAGGAAGUGGAGUUUGAGUUCUUAGACAACUUACUGGCAUUCGCCGUGACGCUCGGUUUCGCGGCAAACAACUAG